GGUGCUGCCUUUGGUCACCCCAACCUGACGCUUUUGCUCUCCCAGCCAGGCCCUGCCCAGAGGACCCUGUCUGCGUGGGGGGCGCCUGGCGAUGGCGCUGGUCAGCGGAUUGGUGCCCGCCCGUUUCCUGACCCUCACGGCCCAUCUCGUCAUCGUCAUCACCAUCUUUUGGUCCCGGGACAACAACGUCCUUGCCUCGCUGCCCCUGCAGUACAGCCAGCAGCAGUACCAGCGCCAGGACGUGGAUCCGGGCAUCGGCACUGACCCCAGGCUGGUGGUGGCCCUGUCGGUGACGCUGGGCUUGUUCGCCGUGGAGCUGUCCGGCUUCCUGUCCGGGGUGUCCAUGUUCAACCACACGCAGAGUCUGCUCUCCAUCGGGGCCCACACUGCCGCCGCCGUGGCCCUCCUCUUCUUCCUCUUCGACCAGUGGGACAGCAGCCUCUACUGGUGGAUCUUUGCCUUCUGCAGCAUUGGCUGCUCACUGCAGCGCCUCCAUCUGUCUCUCCUUCUUCGUCUUGGAGCGCUGGGAGAGCGCCACCUACUGGUACAUCCUGGCCUUCUGCAGCGCCCUGCCUGCUGCCUUCGAGAUCCUGCUCUUCGUGUCCGUCUUCGGGUUCAAGAGGAAGCCCCUGUGAGCCGGAGCCGGGCCCCCCGGGAGGUCUGUACCGCUGGCUCCACGGGCUCUGAGCCGGGUGGUGGAUAUGCCGGACGGGGAGCUCGCCAGCGCUCGCCACUGCUCCUCAGCCCUACAGACCUGGCGCUGGACAGGGGCAGCUGGUGAUGGGGUGGCUGCAUGGGGCAGUCAGGACCUGGUGUUCUGGCUCUAAGGGGCAGGGCUGAGUUAGCCCCAUAGGAGCCUGCAGCGCCCCCCAGGAGACCCCCAGGGGCAGCAGGCGGUACUGCACCCUGCGCCAAUCCCAUAGCAACCUGCAGCUCCCCCCAGGAGACCCCCAGGGGCAACAGCGGUACUGCACCCUGCGUCAGUCCCAUAGCAACCUGCAGCUCCCCCCAAGAGACCCCCAGGGGCAACAGCGGUACUGCUCUCUGCGUCAGCGCCAUAGCAACCUGCAGCGCCCCCAGGACACCCCAGUGGCAGCAAGAGAUACUGCACCCUGCGUCAGCCCCAUGGGACCUUACAACGCCCCCCAGUGGUAGCAGGCAGUACUGCACUUGGCAGUGCGUCAGCCCCAUUGCACAGCAGUGAUAGGAUCAGUGGGGCGGAGCCCCUAAGGAGCGGCUGAUGUGGGAAGGGAGAAGAAUUAUUCCUCUGUUUCUACCAGCUGCUCCCCCUCUGGCCAUGUUCCCCUCCCCACCCCAGGGCUGGGGCUGUGCCCUGGAGCCCGCCCGCCCUGCCCCAUGAAUAAACUGGCUUUCCUAACUGGA